AAAUCACGGACCACCAGAUAAGAUCAGGCAGUAAGAAUUUUUGCUUCCAAAUGAAGACACCGACAUUUAUAACUUCUACUUACUCUAAGGUAUUCAAGUUGUUUGCAUAACUGGCCUUAAAUGAGGUAAGAGUGAAGAGACUUACUAGAGCCAUCUCUGGAAAAGAGUAUUCCCCCAUUCCACUGGAAACUACCCUACGGAGCACCAUAUUUGACCAUAUCUGUUUUGAGGACUCAUUAUGAACAAAGAAGUCUCCCAGGUGUGAAGUUUUUCAACAUGAGUGGCCUUGGGGACAGUUCAUCUGACCCUGCUAACCCAGACUCACAUAAGAGAAAAGGGUCACCAUGUGACACACUGGCAUCAAGCACUGAAAAGAGGCGCAGGGAGCAAGAAAAUAAAUAUUUGGAAGAGCUAGCUGAGUUAUUGUCUGCCAACAUCAGUGACAUUGACAGCUUAAGUGUAAAACCAGACAAAUGCAAGAUAUUGAAGAAGACAGUCGAUCAGAUACAACUAAUGAAGAGAAUGGAACAAGAGAAAUCAACAACUGAUGAUGAAGUACAGAAAUCGGACAUCUCAUCGAGCAGUCAAGGAGUGAUAGAAAAGGAAUCCCUGGGGCCUCUUCUUUUAGAGGCUUUGGAUGGGUUUUUCUUUGUUGUGAACUGUGAAGGGAGGAUUGUAUUUGUGUCAGAAAAUGUGACCAGCUACUUGGGUUACAAUCAGGAGGAAUUAAUGAAUACCAGUGUCUACAGCAUACUGCAUGUGGGUGAUCAUGCAGAAUUUGUGAAGAAUCUGCUACCAAAAUCACUAGUGAAUGGAGUUCCUUGGCCUCAAGAAGCAGCACGCCGAAACAGCCAUACCUUUAACUGCAGGAUGCUAAUUCACCGUGCAGAUGAGCCUGGCCCCGAGAACCAGGAAGCUUGCCAGCGGUAUGAAGUGAUGCAGUGUUUCACUGUGUCACAGCCGAAAUCAAUUCAGGAGGAUGGAGAAGAUUUCCAGUCAUGUUUGAUUUGUAUUGCACGGCGAUUACCUCGGCCUCCAGCUAUUACGGGUGUAGAAUCCUUUAUGACCAAGCAAGAUACUACAGGUAAAAUCAUCUCUAUUGAUACUAGUUCCCUGAGAGCUGCUGGCAGAACUGGCUGGGAAGAUUUAGUGAGAAAGUGCAUUUAUGCUUUUUUCCAACCUCAAGGCAGAGAGCCAUCUUAUGCCAGACAACUAUUUCAAGAAGUGAUGACUCGUGGCACUGCCUCCAGCCCAUCCUAUAGAUUCAUAUUGAAUGAUGGGACAAUGCUUAGCGCCCACACCAAGUGUAAACUUUGCUACCCUCAAAGUCCAGACAUGCAACCUUUCAUCAUGGGAAUUCAUAUCAUCGACAGGGAACACAGUGGUCUUUCUCCUCAAGAUGACACUAAUCCUGGAAUGUCAGUGCCCCGGGUAAACCCUUCCGUCAAUCCCAGUAUCUCUCCAGCUCAUGGUGUGGCCCGUUCAUCUACCUUGCCGCCAUCCAACAGCAACAUGGUACCCACCAGAGUAAACCGCCAGCAGAGCUCAGACCUUCAUAGCAGCAGUCAUAGCAAUUCUAGCAACAGCCAAGGGAGUUUUGGAUGCUCACCUGGAAAUCAGAUUGUAGCCAGUGUUGCCUUAAACCAGGGACAGGCCAGUUCCCAGAGCACUAAUCCCCCUUUAAACCUCAAUAAUUCCCCUAUGGAAGGUACAGGAAUAUCCCUUGCACAGUUCAUGUCUCCAAGGAGACAAGUUAGUUCUGGAUUGGCAACAAGGCCCAGGAUGCCAAACAAUUCAUUUCCUCCUAAUAUUCCGACAUUAAGCUCCCCCGUUAGCAUGACAAGUACUGCCUGUAAUAAUAGUAACCGAUCCUAUUCUAACAUCCCAGUAACACCUUUACAGAGUAUGAAUGAAGGACCCAAUAACUCUGUUGGCUUCUCUGCCAGCUCUCCAGUCCUCAGGCAGAUGAGCUCACAGAAUUCACCUAGCAGAUUAAAUAUACAACCAGCAAAAGCUGAAUCCAAAGAUAACAAAGAGAUUGCAUCCAUUUUAAAUGAAAUGAUUCAGUCUGACAACAGCUCUAAUGACAGCAAACCUCUGGAUUCUGGGCUUCUACAUAACAAUGACAGACUCUCAGAUGGAGACAAUAAAUACUCUCAAACCAGUCACAAACUAGUGCAGCUUUUGACAACGACUGCAGAGCAGCAGUUACGGCAUGCUGAUAUAGACACAAGUUGCAAAGAGGUACUCUCUUGCACAGGCACUUCCACCUCUGCCUCUACUAACUCUUCAAGUGGUUCUUGCCCCUCCUCUCAUAGCUCACUGACCGAGCGGCACAAAAUCCUACACCGUCUCUUACAAGAGGGUAGCCCCUCGGAUAUCACAACUUUGUCGGUGGAGCCUGAUAAGAAGGACAGUGCAUCUGCUUCUGUGUCAGUGACUGGACAGGUGCAGGGAAAUUCCAGUGUAAAACUGGAACUGGAUGCCUCCAAGAAAAAAGAAUCAAAAGACCAUCAGCUCCUACGCUACCUUUUAGAUAAAGAUGAGAAAGAUCUAAGAUCCACUCCGAACCUGAGCCUGGAUGAUGUAAAGGUGAAGGUGGAAAAGAAAGAGCAGAUGGAUCCUUGUAACACAAACCCAGCCCCCAUGACCAAACCUGCUCCUGAGGAAAUUAAACUGGAGUCACAGAGCCAGUUUACAGCUGACCUUGACCAGUUUGAUCAGUUACUACCCACGCUGGAGAAGGCACCACAAUUGCCAGGCUUAUGUGAGACAGAGAGGAUGGAUGGUGCAGUCACCAAUGUGGCCAUCAAAUCAGAGAUCCUGCCAUCUGCACUUCAGUCCACCACUGCCAGGCCCACUUCCAGGCUGAACAGAUUACCUGAACUGGAACUAGAAGCAAUUGAUAACCAGUUUGGACAACCAGGAACUGGUGAUCAGAUUCCAUGGGCAAAUAAUACAGUGACAGCUGUAAACCAGAAUAAGCCAGAAGACCAGUGUAUUAGUUCACAAUUAGAUGAACUUCUCUGUCCACCAACAACAGUCGAAGGAAGAAAUGAUGAGAAGGCCCUUCUUGAACAGCUGGUAUCCUUCCUCAGUGGAAAAGAUGAAACUGAACUAGCUGAACUAGACAGAGCUUUGGGAAUUGACAAGCUUGUUCAGGGAGGUGGAUUAGAUGUAUUAUCGGAGAGAUUUCCACCACAGCAAGCAACACCACCGUUGAUGAUGGAAGAAAGACCCAACCUUUAUUCCCAGCCUUAUUCUUCUCCUUCGCCUACUGCCAAUCUCUCUAGCCCUUUCCAAGGCAUGGUCAGGCAAAAACCUUCACUGGGGACUAUGCCUGUUCAAGUAACACCUCCUCGAGGUGCUUUUUCACCUGGCAUGGCCAUGCAGCCCAGGCAGACGCUAAACAGACCUCCAGCUGCACCCAACCAACUUAGACUUCAACUUCAGCAACGAUUGCAAGGACAACAGCAGUUGAUACACCAAAAUCGGCAAGCUAUCUUGAACCAAUUUGCAGCAAAUGCUCCUGUUGGCAUCAAUAUGAGAUCAGGCAUGCAGCAGCAAAUUACACCUCAGCCACCCCUGAAUGCCCAGAUGUUGGCACAGCGCCAGCGGGAGUUAUAUAGUCAACAGCACCGACAGAGGCAGCUAAUACAGCAGCAAAGAGCCAUGCUCAUGAGGCAACAAAGCUUUGGGAACAACCUCCCUCCCUCAUCUGGACUGCCAGUUCAAAUGGGGAACCCCCGUCUUCCUCAGGGUGCUCCACAGCAAUUCCCCUACCCACCAAACUAUGGUACAAAUCCAGGAACCCCACCUGCCUCUACCAGCCCUUUUUCACAACUGGCAGCAAAUCCCGAGGCGCCCUUGGCCAACCGCAGCAGCAUGGUGAACAGAGGCAUGACAGGAAACAUGGGUGGGCAGUUUGGCACUGGAAUCACUCCUCAGAUGCAGCAGAACGUCUUCCAGUACCCAGGAUCAGGAAUGGUUCCCCAAGGUGAGGCCAACUUUGCUCCAUCUCUAAGCCCUGGGAGCUCCAUGGUGCCGAUGCCAAUCCCUCCUCCUCAGAGCUCUCUGCUCCAGCAGACUCCGCCCACUUCUGGCUACCAGUCACCAGACAUGAAGGCCUGGCAGCAAGGAGCAAUGGGAAACAACAAUGUAUUCAGUCAAGCUAUACAGAGCCAGCCCACGCCUGCACAGCCAGGAGUGUACAACAACAUGAGCAUCACCGUGUCCAUGGCAGGUGGAAACACAAAUGUUCAGAACAUGAACCCAAUGAUGGGCCAGAUGCAGAUGAGCUCUUUGCAGAUGCCAGGAAUGAACACUGUGUGCCCUGAGCAGAUAAAUGAUCCAGCACUGAGACACACAGGCCUCUACUGCAACCAGCUCUCAUCCACUGACCUUCUCAAAACAGAAGCAGAUGGAACCCAGGACAAGAAGACAGAAGAGUUCUUCUCUGUGGUGACUACAGACUAGAGGAAUGCUCUACAGGUGCAACAGGUUCAGGUGUUUGCUGACGUCCAGUGUACAGUGAAUCUGGUAGGCGGGGACCCUUACCUGAACCAGCCUGGUCCACUGGGAACUCAAAAACCCUCGGCAGGACCACAGACCCCCCAGGC